UGCGGAGCUUGCGGGGGCCGGUGAUGCACCACCACCAGCACUGCGGAAAGUUCGGACCAACGCGCAAUCAGACCGAGGGAGGGACCGGCUAGAGGCCGCGGCCUGCCUCCCUCCUCUAGGCCUGGAGCUCUGGGAGGGCAGGGGCUGUCCCCGUCCUGAGCUGGACCUGGGACUGGUGCUGCUCACCUCCCCACCACCACACUGUCGCUGCCCUCCAGUCAUGGCGCCCCUGCUCGUGCUGUUCCUGGCCGCCCUGGUGGGCCUGCCUCUAGCCCAGGCUCUGGACUGCCAUGUGUGCGCCUACAAUGGAGACAAUUGCUUCAACCCCAUGCGCUGCCCGGCCAUGGUCACCUACUGCAUGACUACACGUACCUACUACACCCCGUACAAGAUGAAGGUCAGCAAGUCCUGCGUGCCCAGAUGCUUUGAGACUGUGUAUGACGGCUACUCCAAGCACGCGUCCACCACCUCCUGCUGCCAGUACGACCUCUGUAAUGGUGCUGGCUUGGCUGCCCCAGGGACCCUGGCCCUGGCCCCCCUUCUCCUGGCCACCCUCUGGGCCCUGCUCUAAAGCCCUGGUUCCCCGGCAGACCCACUCGAGGACAGAGCUCUCAAGAGACAGCUGCACGCUCUCACAUGGUGUCCCCACCUGACAUUCUGCCUCCCAAGACCCCCUCAGCCACACCCGGACACAGAGCUGUCUGCAGAGGGACUCCUGACCUCCCACCGCCCACAAGGCCUCACUCUGAGGCCACGGGCUUUCAUUUUUAAACAGCUGCUGUGUGGGACUGGGCCUCCCAAGGGUGCCUGGCCUUGGUGGGCAGGCUGGGCCCUGCCUGGGUCCAGGGACAGAGAUCUGGGAAAGUGCUGUUUAUGGGGAGGUCCAUCAGUGGAGAAGCACUGAUUUGAUGGGAGUAGCGCCAGCCCCACCCUGUGUGCAGCAGCUGGUGGGUGUGCUGGAGCGGGAGGGAGACCCGAACCCACUGUGGGGCAGGCAAACCCAGCAGGACCUCCCUGCAUCCUACUGAGGCCAGCUGCUGCCCAGGGCAUGUGAGGAGGAACUCUCAUUGUCAGCUGUCACAGGAACUGUGCCUGGCCUGGUGUCUGAGUGGCCCUCAGCAUAGGAGGGGUCGCCCUGCCUCGACAGACCCAAGGAGAGACUUGUGCCCUCCUGAUCAGCCAGACCUCUAGCUUUCCCAUCCCCACCCCCACCCGGGUGCUGGACAAGCUUAAUCAGCCCAAGACUGGCAGGACUUGGAGUGGGCAGGCCAAGCUAUAUUUGGUCUAGCCUGCACUGACCAGGGCCAGGGCUAUUCUGGGCAGGGCAGGGCAGAUAGGCCACCAGGCCUGGUCCUCAGCCCAGUGGCCCUGGUAGAGAAAGAAAUGUGCCCACAAAUCAGGCAGCCUUGGGGAACAGGAGGACCCAAGGGACAGUGAGGUGUGACAACAGGAGUGGGAUCCGAGGCUGCCUCUGGGUCCUGCAGGCCCCUGUGCCCUGCUGAUUGUUCUAGAUCUCAACAGAAGGGAAGGAGUACCCAGGGAGGCCCCCAGGGCUGCACCCUCUGCCUGAGAGCCCUUGACCCCAGGAGCUCCACCCAGCCCAGAGCUGGGAGGCUGGGUCUGCCCAACACCUGCCAUUCAAAUGUAGAGGGCCUGGGGAGCAUCUGUCCUUUCCAGUGAGACCAGAUGGGGCUGGAUCCUCUUCCCUGACCAGUGCCCCAGACCAGUGCUGGCUGACGAGACCCCGAAGCUGAUCCAGCCCAGGUGGGCAGGAUGGUGGCCAGUGUUCAUGUGUAGCAUUAUCCCUGGCUCCAAAGCAUGGUCCUCAUGGGGGAGGCCUGCUGGACGCUGCAUCCUGAGACCUUUGCUUGUGACUACGCCUCCAGGGGUGUUCAGGAGAUGAGGACUUCCAUCCUGGGGCUCCUCUCCCCAGCCUUAUGCUGGGGCUGGGGGGUGGAUUUUCCCACCUCCGUUAGCUUCUCUGGAGACAGGUAGCUGGAUGGGGAAGUGGAGUCCCACGGAGGGCUCGCCAGUUCCUCAGGGAGGACAGUGUGGACCUCUUGCAGAGGUGACUCUGGUGGGAAGGGGCCCAGGGAUAAGAGCACAUUGACUUCCCAGAGAGAGAAAGGAGUAGCACACACAGGGGGCAGGCCUGGACACACACUGUGGGGCCAGUGCCAAGCCCAAGAGACCACCCUGGCUCCAACUGACAUCUCCUUCCCCCAAGGCCCUCUUUGCAGGCUGGCAGAAAGCCAGGUACUGACCUGAGCUCCCACUGGACCCCCACCAGCAGGCAGCCAGCCUCAAGACAGUAGUGACCAGUGCAGGUCUCAAAGUACUGGCUGGGGGCAAGGGACAGGUGUGGGCCCUGACUCCAUGGGAAUGGCCCAGGAAGCUGUCACUACCCCACUUGUGCAAGUCCAUUGUCCCCAGUCAGAUGGCAUCCUGUGACAGAGCUGUGUGGGGCCCCAGGCUGGUCCUUCCUUUGCUCUCUGUAGCUCCCCAGGGUGGCUGGAAUGUGAGGAGGGGCAGCUGCUCAGACCUGCCUCCUACAUCUAUCUGUCCAUGUCUCCCCCCCUGACCUGCCCCAGCCCAGUGACCACACUGCCCCCAACCCCAGUACUGUGCUGCCCGUGCCACCUCCACAGCCAGGGGUCCUGCCUGCCUGGCCUGUCCCUGGGACCUACUACAGAGCAUGUGGAAGGUGUCCUGCUGGGCCAAGGCUGGCCGAGGGAAGUGACGGCUUGCAUACUGGGGAAUUGGGACAGCAGUGCUGGGGGUUGGCCUGUCCUGAUCCUGUCCACUCCCACUGCAGCUGGCUCUGAGCACUCCAUGGCAGCCUGCAAGGCAGGAGCCACAGCCAUGCCCCAACAGGCGAGGAGACUGAGGCCCAGAGAGGGGAAGCCAUUAGUUGCCCCAAGGCCAGCUGGCCUCCCACAGGCCCACAGCCCAGCCACCUUGUAGGUUCUUCCCCCACAGGCUGCUCCUCCAGGCCUGGGAGUGGGUGGAGUGCUUAGAACCUUCAGAGUCUUGCCGUGUUAUGUAAGAACCUAGGAGCAGGAAAGCUUGGAAGGGAAAAUUGGAACCAUAGGUUUGAGAAGCCACAGGCCAGUCGGAUCCAGUCCUGCAACCGGCUGUGAAGGGGAAGGCGGUGAACAGGCAGAGGAGGGCAGAGGGGCAGUGGGCACCAAGGGCUGGCCCUCCUGCCUGCGUCUGGGCUCAGGUCUGCAGGCCAGGCAGUGGAUGUCCCUGCUCUGGGAGAAAUAAGAGCCCCUCCAAUGUGGGUGAGUGCUCAGGGCUAUUCGCUGCUGCUCUCUGUGGAGUCCCAGCCUCGAGACAGGCUUCGGUUGACACUGUGGUGCCAAAAGUGUUGUGUGUUCUACGUGGCCCUGUCUAGCUGCCUAGACCCCCUGUCUAGCUGCAGCUCUGGCCACCGCCUGCAGGCCAGGCCUGCACCAGCAGCAAAAGGCAUGCUCGGCAGCUGUGGGCCUGGUCUGGCCCUGUCACAGAGAGGCUGUGAGGUGGAACUGUGGCAGGCCAGGCCCUGCCGUGACAUCUGGACUCUCCCCAGGACCUGGAGGUGGGAAGGGAGGCGACUGGCAGCUGCAGCUCCCAGCUUCCUCUCAGUGCCUGUCACAGGGCAUGUGUGUUCUCAACCCCAGCUCUGAAGACACACAGAAAUAGAGGGUCCCCUUUCCUCGCCACUCCAUCCCUUCCCUAGCACACUUUGUGGGUCCCGGAACUCUGGGCUUCUCAGCGGAGCUCCAAACCUCAGCCCUCUCGUUGACAAGACGGCCGUGGGUGUAAGUUUCCAGCCUGGGGCCUGGACACCAGGGGCCCCAGAUGGGUGGUGCCCUUCCAUCCUAACUCCCUAGGGUCCAGGAGCUUCCUGGGGCCAUGUGCCUGCCAGCAGCUAACGUUAACCCUAAGUCCCAACUCGCACCUGGCCAGGAUGUGAAAUGCCACCCUUGUGCCACAGGUGCCCCUUUACUUAGCACACAUACCCAGCCCCCAGGAGAGGUCCUGUCAGUGUCCCCUGUGGAAGGCAUGAAUAAAUGGACAGAUGCAUG